CGGAGCCACCCGCACGCGUUUGCUUGCGAGAGUGUCCGACUUGCUCUGUCUACACACACACACCCUCACCCUCGCUCGGCCCACGGAGCCCACGCAAUGACAGGGAGCGAGCGCGCACCGUCCGCCCAGGGAGCGUCAAGUCUUGGCCGUGCGGAUUGUUUCUGCGAGCACUGCGAGCAGCAGCAAGUAGAUUAAUAGAGGGGCAGGUAGCUGCAGCCUGCUGCCCCCGAUAGAACUCAUCCCCAACCAACUCUCUUCCCACCCACCACCAUGAGUCGCGCGCUCACACUCGCGCUGUAUGCGCUCCUGGCGCUCAACCUCGUCGCCGCGCUCACGAUCCGGAAUCCGAGCGAGGCGUACAACCCCAACCACCCCAACGUGCGCAUGUUCAAGCGUGCGCUCACGACCAACCCGGCCGACGUCGCGGGCAAGAGCUACGACUUUAUCAUUGCCGGCGGCGGUCUUGCCGGCCUCACGCUCGCCGGCCGCCUGGCUGAGUGGAGCAACUUUACCGUGCUCGUCAUCGAGGCUGGUGGCGACGGCUCGGACGUGCAGAUCCAAGAGACGGUCCCAGGCUUCGCGUACAUGAAGGGCCUGUCGGCCGGCCCCUACGGCUGGGGCUACAAGACUGUCAACAUGACCGACUCGCUCAACAUGGCCAAAAACUACCCGCUCGGCAAGGGCCUCGGCGGCUCGGGCGCGAUCAACGGCAUGUUCUGGUGCCGUGGCUCUAGUGACGACUAUGACGCCUGGGGAGCACUCAACCCCGGCGGCGCGGUCGCCUGGAACUGGGCCGAGAUGCAAAAGUACAUCAACAAGGCGGAGAACGUCCAGAUGCCACCCCAGGCCCAGGCGGACCAGUUCCACAUCAUCCUCGACCCCAAGUCGCACGGCACGGGCGGACCCCUUCAGAUCGGCUUCUCAAAAUACAUCUACCCCAUCGUCGCCAACUGGGUGCCGUCGUGGCAGAGCCUCGGGUUCACCAACAAGGAUCUCGCGUCGGGCAAUGUGCACGGCGUGACCAUCACCCCGUCGACGAUGGACGCGGCCAAGGGCGCGCGCUCCGACUCGCGCACAGCCUACAUUGACCCCAAGGCCGCGUUCCCCAACCUCACCGUGCUCUCGCGCCAGCAGGUCACCAAGAUCAUGUUCAACAACACGAUGGGCGGCAACCUUACCGCCAACGGCGUGCAGUUCCAGGCGGACGCCGCGAGCACGCAGUACUCGGUGUUUGCGAACAAGGAGGUCAUUGUCUCCGGCGGCGCCAUCAACUCGCCCAAGCUCCUCCAGCUGUCGGGCAUUGGCCCCAGCUCGGUCCUCCAGCCGCUCGGGCUGCCCGUGCUCGCCGACCUUCCCGUCGGACAGGGCUUCCACGACCACGUCUCAUUCGGCAUGUACUUCUCGAUCCAGGCGGGCCUCGAGACGUGGUUCAACCUGGCCAUGAACGUGAGCGGCGCGCAGGACGCCGCGCUCGCCCAGUGGCAGGCGACGGCCGACGGCCCGCUCACGUACGUCAACGAGGCGAUCGGCUACAUCAACGCCGCCGACAUUGGCUUCACCGCUGCGCCUGACGCCGCUGGCACGGCUGCCGCCGUGUCGAGCAAGUACGGCUUCCCGGCCGCCCUCCAGAAGGGUAUUCAGGCGCAGUACGGUAUCCAGAACACGCAGCUCCCGACCGACGCGGGCCAGUUCGAGAUCAUCAUGCACCUCUGGGGCAAGGACGCGUCGAGCAUCGCGAUCCAAAUCGCGCUGCAGCACCCGUACUCGCGCGGCCAUGUCGCCCUCGCGUCCGCGUCGCCGUUCGACCCGCCCCUCAUCGACCCCGACUACUUUGGCGUCGACGCCGACACCCAGAUGAUGUCUGCUGCUGUCGCGUGGGUGCGCAAGCUCGCCGCCCAGGGCCCGCUCGGUGCAAUCAUCACCGGCGAGCAGUCGCCCGGUGCCAACGUCACGGGCGAGGACCUGGUCAAUGCCUUCAAGGCCGCGUCCGGCACCGAGUUCCACCCGCUCGCCACGGCCGCCAUGCUGCCCAAGGACUCGGGCGGUGUCGUCGACACCACGCUCACCGUGUACGGCACGCAGAACGUCCGUGUCGUCGACGCGUCCAUCAUGCCUCUGCAUGUCGCUGCGCAUCUCAUGGCGUCGACUUACGGCGUUGCUGAGAAGGCCGCGGACAUCAUCAAGGCCAAGUACGCCUACCACCCGCCGACUUCCUCCUCGGCUGCGCCGACGAGCCACGGCACCACAGUCGCCGAACCCUCGUCCGCACCGACCGACACUACGGCGGGUAGCUCGGCGUCCUCGUCGAGCCUGAGCACCGGCGCCAAGAUCGGUAUCGGAGUCGGAGCUGGUAUCGGCGCCGUCCUCCUUCUCGGUGCUAUCCUCAUGUUCUGCGUCAACCGCAACAAGAAGGCCAACCAACCCAACAAGAACGGAUGGUACACCAACCAGCCGGCGGCGACGGGCUACGGCCAGGACGCAUACGCCAUGCAGAACGUUCCCGGCAGCGGAGGCGGACAAGGAGGAGGACAGCAACAGCGGGGCUUUGACUCGCCGCACCGCCCCUUUGACCGCCCGCUGUCGGCUGCGGGGAGUGUAGACACGAUGGCUACCGGCGACCUGCCGCGCGGGGGCUAGUACAGGGACAGUUAUGAUGCGCCGGGUCAGCGCAGGCAUUAGCAGUAGUAGUAGUUGAUAUAUAGUGGACAUUUGCAUGUAUAUGUGGCUCGUA